CAGAAUGUCGAUGUUUGGCGAAAUAAAGCCGUUUGACGGCGAUAAAUGGGAGGUGUUUGUACAACAGCUGGAAUGUUUCAUAUUAGUUAAUGAUAUCUCUGAUGACAAGAAGGUGCCUUUGCUGAUAACCAAACUAACACCAAAGGUAUUUGAAACAUUAAGUUGCUUAUGUGCACCGAAUAAACCCACAAAACUAAGUUAUGAAGAAUUGUGUACAAAAUUAAAAGAAAAAUAUACAAAACCAGUCUCAACAGUAUUGGAAAGGGCUGAGUUUAGACGAAGGAAACAACUACCACGUGAAAGUAUAGAAGACUAUGCAUUGGAACUAAGAAAAAUGGCAAAUCGUUGUAAUUUUAAAGAUAUUGAUGACCAAUUAAAAGAAAAAUUUAUGGAUGGAGUAACCUCAAAAGUAAUUAAGUUCGAGCUAAUGAAGGGCUCUGCAGAUUUAACUUUAGAAGCCUGCAUACAACUGGCUCGCACAGUGGAAGCCGCUCUUCUCCACACAGGUGAUGCUCCUGAAACCACUGAGGUUUUUUUUACCCAAGAACAACGUAAACCCAAUAUGAGAAUGAAAAUAAAAAAAAAUAACAAUGCUAAUACAGAAAUGCAUUGUUUCUGUUGUGGAAAAAACAAUCACAUUAAGUCACAAUGUUCAUUAGCCAAGAAAUUCUGCUCAGAAUGUGGUCAACAAGGGCACAUAUAUAGGAUGUGCCAAAGAAGAAAACGUGAGGCUCAUGUCCUGGAGGCACAAACACCGGAGGAAGUAAAGGAGGAACCAGUAGAAAAUAUAAGAAACUUAUACGAUGAAACUUAUGCUGUUCACAGUAUGCACGGAGAAAUGUAAAAGAACAAUUCGCAGAGGUGUUUAGUCCAGGUUGGGGUAAUUUUAAAGAUGAAGUGAUAACACUGAAACUAAAACCAGGCACCCAACCAAAGUGUUUGCCCGUACGCCGAGUACCAUAUGCUCUAAGAGAUAAGGUAAAGCAUGAAAUUAAUAGGUUACUGGAAAAUGGUAGAAUCAGUCCGGUUGAACACUGUGAAUGGGGAACACCGGUGGUGCCCAUUUUAAAACCAGAUGGUGCAGUAAGACUAUGUGGAGACUAUAAGCUAACUGUCAACACUGGAUUAGAGAUUGACCAUUUUCCACUACCACAUAUUGAUGAUAUUUUAAAUACAUUAAAAGAUGGGCAAUACUACUGCGAAUUGGACUUAAAAGAGGCUUAUUUACAAGCUCCUCUAAGUGAGGAUAGUAAAAAUUGUACAACUAUUGUAACAGAGGCUGGUACUUAUAGAUAUAAUUUCUUACCUUAUGGUGUCAGCUCGGGUCCUGGAUCAUUUCAAAGAUUGAUGUCUAAAAAAUUAACAGAUAUUCCCAACACUAUUGUAUUUAUUGAUAAUAU